GGCAGCCUGAUGAGCCUGUACAGCGACAGCGAGCUGGGCAAGGUGGCCGUGCGGGGCUGCGUCCAGUUCGCCCUGCACUACGACCCGGCCAAGAAGGAGCUGCACGUCCACGUGGUGCGGUGCCGGGAGCUGGCCGAGGCCAAGAAGCAGCGCUCGGACCCGUACAUCAAGACCUACCUGCUGCCCGACAAGUCGAACCGCAGCAAGCGCAAGACCACGGUGCGCAAGCGGAGCCUGGACCCCAUCUUCAACGAGACCCUCAAGUACAAGCUGGAGAAAACAGACCUGCAGGGCCGGACCCUGAACCUGUCCGUGUGGCACCACGACAGCCUGGGCAGGAACCUCUUCCUGGGCGAGGUGGAGAUUGCGCUGGGCGCCUGGGACUGGGCCAACACGCGGCCAGAGUGGUUCAACCUCCAGCCCCGGACACCCAUCUCCCUGGAUGAUCUUGCCAGCCGGGGCAACCUCAACUUGGCACUGAAGUUCAUCCCGGCUGGCUUUGAAGGUGAGAGGUGGCUGUGA